AACCCCCCUCCAUUUACAAAAUAAUACCCAAACAAAUUGACAAAUUCCAUUACCACAUCAAUUAUCAUACACUUUUCACAUUCCUCUAUUCCCUGCUAUUCUCAAACACCCAAUCUUAAGCUUUUAAAUUAAGCGACCUUCACUUUAAUGGCGUCGUCUCUCUCCACGAAGCAAUUUUUGGGCUCUGCCACUUCCAAUACUUCCUCUACGCUCGGAUCUGCCCAUUCUGGCUACCGCAAGCUCGCAUCUCCUCCUGCUCAGAUCUCUUUCCGCCCAACACCUCGGAAAUUCGAAGUUCAAGCUGCAGGAAGUACAUAUGGAAAUUAUUUCCGCGUUACAACAUAUGGGGAAUCACAUGGUGGCGGUGUUGGUUGCGUGGUUGAUGGUUGCCCACCCCGACUUUCAUUAUGUGAAGAAGAUUUACAAGUAGAUCUUGAUAGAAGGAGGCCGGGACAAAGCCGAAUUACUACUCCUAGAAAAGAGACAGAUACCUGCAAAAUAAUUUCAGGUGUUUCCGAAGGAGUCACGACUGGAUCUCCUAUUGCAGUGAAUGUACCUAAUACAGACCAAAGAGGACUUGAUUACAGUGAGAUGUCGAUAGCUUAUAGGCCUUCUCAUGCUGAUGCAACUUAUGAUUUCAAGUAUGGUGUGAGAUCCAUACAGGGUGGUGGACGAUCUUCUGCCAGAGAAACUAUUGGAAGAGUUGCAGCUGGAGCCAUAGCUAAGAAGAUUCUUAAGAAGUUUGCUGGAACUGAGGUCCUUGCUUAUGUAUCCCAAGCGCACAAGGUUGUGCUACCAGAGGGACUGGUCAAUGAUGAAACAUUGACUAUUGAGCAGAUAGAGAGUAAUAUCGUCAGGUGCCCUGAUCCAGAAUAUGCGGAGAAAAUGAUUGCAGCUAUAGAUGCAGUUCGAGUUAAAGGGGAUUCCGUCGGUGGUGUUGUCACUUGUAUAGUUAGAAAUGCUCCACGUGGACUCGGUUCGCCAGUUUUUGAUAAGCUCGAAGCUGAGCUGGCUAAAGCUGUUUUAUCAUUACCUGCAACGAAAGGUUUUGAGUUCGGAAGCGGCUUUGCAGGUACCUUUAUGACUGGAAGUGAACACAAUGAUGAGUUUUACAUGGAUGAACAUGGGAAAAUUAGGACCAAGACGAACCGCUCUGGUGGUAUACAGGGAGGGAUAUCUAAUGGUGAAAUUAUCAACAUGAGAAUAGGCUUCAAGCCAACCUCUACAAUUGGGAAGAAACAACAUACUGUUACAAGAGGCAAAGAUGAAACAGAUCUUAUUGCCCGAGGGCGACAUGAUCCCUGUGUUGUCCCACGAGCUGUUCCUAUGGUGGAAGCAAUGGUCGCGCUGGUGCUUGUUGAUCAAUUGUUGGCACAGUAUGCACAAUGUCAGCUAUUUCCCAUCAAUCCUGCCUUGCAGGAACCCAUGGAGUUGCCAAAGCUUGAUGAAGCUAGCAUCUAAGUUUAGCCACUGGGGGUUUUCUGCAAAGCCUGUAAAUUAGAAGGCCAUUUCAUAUGCUGUUUGUCAUUUGUAUCAUAUUUGAACUUAUUGAGCGUUUUUGUCUCACAAAUCAUUUCAAUUUUUUGUAUGCGUUAUUUUCUUUUCCCCACCAUUUAUUAUGUAGACAAGUUAACACAUUAGUUUGUAACAAAAUGGAAUUAUUGCGAUAUCAAUAAAGCUAUUCAACAGAUCAUUCUACACUCUGAA